AUGGCUUUUCCUAGAUCCAGAGAUCUUGGAAAAUCAUCUCUGGGACUCGGCUGCUUCGGCGCUUUUGCCUCGGCCAAGGAGUUGGAGGCGAUUCUAGCCACCGCGGCCGAACAGGUCGGCGUCCCGCGAUAUGCUGCGAAAGACCUUCGCAUCUUGCUGCAGGUCCUGGGCUGUGGGCCUCGGAGCAACCGGCAUUUGGAGCCAGAAGACCUCGAGCAGCUAAGGUGCGACUCCUGCAAGUUCGCGCUCAAGGCGGAUGGUGAGCGGAAGUUCUUCGUUUUCUGGGCCAGCGGCUCUGCAAAGGUCGGUGCGUGGACCGUCCAACCAGGGACCGGGCAUGUGGAGCCUUUGUUGGUGAGGUUCGGACAGGAGCAGCCCACCUUUCCCAAUGGCCUUUCCAUCAUCGAUGCUGAGGAGGUGCCACUCAUCACCGCUGAGGAGGCCGCCAAGUGUCUUCCCGGUCCUGGUCCGGCACAGCCUCGAUCUCAGCGAGGUCUACUGGCCUUCGACCUGCUGUUGGAUUUCGGCAAGGCCCCCUCCUCGCUGCUUGCGGCGCGGCAAGCGCGGCUGCAGGAGCUGGCGGCCGCGCUUUCCAGGGUUCGCUUCUACUCGGGCUACAAGGACAAGCUCAACAGCAACGUCAAGGUGCUGCCCAAGGAGCGUUGGGCUGCACUGGAAGGUCUGCUGGGCGCGCCUCUGCUUUUGGACACGGAGGCAAAGCCCUACAGGCCCUUGGCUGAGCUUCCUGGCUUCCUGCCCCUCGCUUCCUGGCAGCCCUGUGGAGAGCCAAGUGGUGGUCCGAGGCGAGGCUUCCGAUGCGACGGACUGGUGUUUGCAUCGCGGCUUCCCACCGGCGGUAUGGACCUCAAGUGGAAGGAGAGCAGAAGCAUCUCAGCAGACUUUCUGGUGCGCGGACGGCGCCCGGGCAGUCCAUCGACACCCUUGGCGCUGCAGGUCUGGUGUCCCAGCCGUCAGGAGCACGUGGCCUUUCAGCCAAAGGAAGCCUCGGUACCGGCCAUGUGUCUGCUUCCCGAGGGUGCAGUGGACGACUGCUUGCUCUCUUGGGAAGCCAUCGCCGAGUUUACUCUUCAAGGCGGCCACUGGAUCUUCCAGCGCCUGCGAGCCGACAAGGUGCAUGCGAACACUGCUGAAACCAUUUCCUCCAUCCUCGAGCUGGCGAAAUCGCCGAUCACCCCGGAGGACUUGGUUGCAUCGUGCCGGAGCUUGCCCAGAAAAGAAGUAGAGUACUACAGCCCUGUUCCCGACGACCUCCGCAGCGGACCUCAACUGCGGGCUCUCUGCGAGGCUCAUCAGCAGGCGAAGCUGGUUCUGCAUCAGGCGUUUAGCGGCCCCACCGUACUGGACGUUGGUGCCGGCCGGCUAGCAGAUGUACAGCUCGCCGUCGCAUGCGGCACCGUAAAGGAGCUCGUGGCCGUCGAUCGCGACGUCGAGGCGCUGACGCACGGCGUUACCAGGCUGGAGCUCUGGGCGGAAAGGGAGAAGUGCAUCGUGUACACCAGCCGAAGAGUGCGCCUUGAGGCUGCACCCCGCCCAAAGCUUCCGCGCGACGUGCUGCGGCCGGAGCUCCUGGUGAGGCCCGUGGUCGCAGAUCUUCAGAGAGACGCAGCGCUGAACGUCCUGGGAGGCAGCCAAUUCAACACCAUCUGCUGCCACUUCGCGGUCCACUACUUUUGGAAUUCCGAGCAGGACACAGCGGAGGUGCUCCGAAGGCUUAGCCAGAAGCUGCUGCCCUCGGGCCUGCUGGUGGUGACGUACAUGGACAGCGACAUGUUGGAUCGUUCCGAAGACGAGAGGCUCCAGACGAUGGUCCUCGAGGAGGGUCCUCAAAACACGGUGACCUUCUCUGUGACUCCUCGGGACGAUGGCACCCUGGAUGUCUUCGUGGGCACUAUCGGCAGGACACACCGCGAGCACCCGGUGUCCACGAGCGAACUCUUGUCGCGCUUCGCACAUUCCGGCCUGACGGUUGCCAGCCGCGGCCUCCUGCGCGACUUGCCUCGGAGCGCGCCACCCGGGCAUCCCCCAGGACUCGGACCCAACCAGCCGCAGCAGCUGGAGAAGAUCCUCAGGCUGUUUGCCUAUGCGGUAUUCCGCAGGGCCCCUGCAGCAGCGCUGCUUGGACGUUCUCCGCACGAGUCCUUCCCGCAGCAUGUAGUCCAGUGUGCGGUGGAGCUGCUACCAGCCAAGACCCUUGCAGCUCUGUCGAUGACCUCCAAGUCCUGGCGCCGCUUCUUCGGUUGA